AUAGAUAUUAUUUCAUACUUUGUAUCAUUCUAAUUCGAGUCUUUAAAAAUUGGAGUAACUUGACUACGAAGAGAGAUGACAACUUGUUUUCAAGAUUUAAAACAAGUUGAAGGUAAAAACAGUGAUUUGAUCGAGUCUCCACCAGAAAAGAUUGGGGAAGUAAACGACGGCGGAAUUGGAAAAAUAAAGCAAGCAGGAGGAGAUGAUGCGUACGUUUUCGACGUCGAUGCACGAGUCAUGCAAAUUGGACGCGAAAAUGGCAUAUUUAUCGGUUCAAUGGACACGAUUCCUGCUUCUCUUAGUGGCACAGACGACGAAGGUGAAAAGGCACCGACGCUGAAAGAAUAUUUUAAACCCGACGGCUUACUGCGCGUGGGACGAAGUCGAUGCUGCUUCCCUGAUUGUAAAAACGACCACUUGGUUCAGCUCUUAGUCUGCAAGAAUCAAAAAACGAGAGAAACACUCGACAUUUCAGAGAAUUACUACAUAGCAGUGACAAUUGCUCGGAACGAUGGCCAACUCAGUUAUCCAGUCGACUGCGACUACAUGCGUAUCAAAACUGAAACCGAAAAAGGCUUGAAACUAUCCAUGGCAGGUGUGGCCGGGUUUCUCUUCCGUUUUUAUGAACCAAACACCAAGUACUUGGUCACUUUCGCUCUGAAAACCGGUCCAACGACGAAGAAGAGUAAAAAGAAACGUAAAAAACAACAAAGCUUGUGGAAAACGGUGAGCGAGCUUACAAUCCAACUGGAAACGGGGUCGAGACAGUGUAACUCACGGAAGCAUAGAAAGGCUCUGGCAACAAGAAAUGUGACCCCACAGUCUGAGUUGGAACCUGCCUCGCUUACUGAAGAAGGUAUGGAGCUUUUUAGGCGAUCUAUGUGGGUGAUGAAAGAGUUACAAUCGCUUCGUGACAAUGCGAGGUGGACUGAUUUCAACAAUCGUGCAAAUGAACUUUUGCUGUCAUAUUCAGAUACGGACACAAUUGUUGCCAUUAAAUUGGAGCAGAGUGUGGCGGCCUGUUACAAGAACGAUUUGGAACCCUCGUUACAGCUAAUAGACGAGUCCUUCAGUCUCAUGUCGGGAGCCACUAACCGCCGACUUUUAGCUGGAAGGGGCCACGGCUACCGCGCUGGUGUCAAGAGACGUCAGGGGAGCCUUGGCGAAGCUCAACAGGACGUUCAGUUGGCAGAGCAAAACAUUCGCGCGUGUCACACAGGCCUUGAUGCGAGCUUCAUUGUUUACGAGAGAGCGAGCGUGUUGCUAGAUUUCAUCGGCCGCCUGUCUCAACGGAGCCCCAAACAAGUCGAGGAGGCUUUACGCAAUUUGGAAAAGUGUAUCGAUGUGUGUUUGAGCGUUGAAAUGCAAGAUGAGGAAUUGUAUGUGAAGAAACAUCACUUCGCUUUCAUAAAAAUUGCAAUGCUUUUGCUCGAUUGCCGCACAGAGGCCGCACGUGAACGUGUUCUGAGCGAAGAGUUCAUAGCAAAAGGCGAGAAGUGUCUGAAGACACUGGAAACCAAAUACUGGUCGCAGAUCGCAGAAGGAGUCAAAGUUCAGUUCUACCUGGCAAGUUCAGACUUAGAAUACCGAAAGGGAAACUAUCAAAGCGCUGAAAAUUUUGCCAGUUUAGCGAAGGACAGAGCCGUACAUCUGGGUUUCAACACGGAAAUUUCUCACGCACAAGAACGACUCGAUCACAUGCGUGUCGUCACGCUUGGAGCUCAUAAUGCCAGUCCUUCGUACGUGGCCGGUGGCGCAAGUGCUAGUGAGGGAGAGUAUGGUGAUAUCAGCUCAGAUAUUAGCCUAUCAGGUUCUGAGUCGGAUUGGCAAAAGAUUUUGAAGGCCACUGAUUAGUGACCGGUCACACAAUGCUCGUUUGCCUGCCAGUACUAAAUAAACCGUCGCCAACCAAAACGAUGGGGGAGAUCAGUAUUGGAACUCAGAUCUUCCAAUCUCUUAGGUGAAUAGCCAUCAUGUGCAUAGUAUUUGACUCUAGUAAAAAAAAUCAAUCAUGACUGUAGAGCGAACAAUCAAACAAACAUUAAUGGUUUAGCAAUGCUGAAUCAAUAAUUGCGAUAAGUUGUACUUGCUUGAUUGAAAUCAAUGUCUUCGAUUACAAUCAAUAAUUUUCCAUACAAGGAGCCUGUGAUUAAUUGAUCAAACAGAAGCCGCGGAUAAGUUUUGAUAAUCGAGGUCUUUUUAGGGAACAGUUAUUACUGUUCUGUUUUCGCGCAUUAAUAAAGGCCAAAAGUUUUGGGACUUUUCCAGUGAGAUUGGUAACUAAAGACCUCCCCCUUCCAGCCCAAACAAUGUUGAAUUGACCUCAAUGGAAGUAAAUGAGUCCUUUUGGGGCGCAUCAUUGCUGAGAGGAGUAGGGAGGGCGCUGGAGCCUGAAGGGACGAAUCAAAGCCAUAUGCCAUAGAUAUUCUUAUCAAUUAUUUUGGCAAAUCAGUUGACAGCUGUUGAGUAGAGUAUUCGAUCGAACUAGCCUGAAUCAAUGUCGAUGGCGUUCUUACUGAAUGAAUAAAUAAUGAGUAAGACAUUGGUCAAAGGGACGCGACAUUUUUAGUAUUCACAACUGAUCAUGAAACAGGGUUUAAAAUAACAAUAAACAAACAAAUAACAAACUGUAGAAAUUCAGUCAGAG